CGAGCAGAUUUCAAGUUUGUAUGUUUUGAGACAAUUUUUACAGAAAAGUGCCCAGUUGGAAAGGGUUCCCCCUUUUCUAUGUGGCCUUUGGCCACUUUAUCCUUGGCACUAUCUCUUGAAUAGUAUUUAGGGGGUUAAUAUGGGGGGUUGCAUGGGAACAUCGGGCGAUCCUAGUGUUCGAGUAGAAUCGAGUGAAUUUGGCAGUACUCCCGGAGUUACAGUCGGUAGAAACCAGCCACUGAAGAAAGAGCGCCCUUCRUGGACUUCCGAAGUUCCUUUGACCGAAGGACAGCUACGAAGCAAGAGAGACGAAUUCUGGGAGACUGCACCCGCUUUUGAAGGAAGGAAGGAAAUUUGGGAUGCUCUUCGAGCUGCCGCUGAAACUAACGAUCAUACUYUAGCACAAGCUAUCGUUGAUGGAGCAAAUAUAACUCUCCCCACUGGGUGUCUGCAAGAUGCUUAUGAUGAACUUGGAAAUCGUUAUGUUUUGCCAAUUUACUGUAUCAGUCAACCAACCAAUCUUAUCAAAGACGAAGAUAUUAGUGGUAAUCUAAGUGAUGAAGUUGAUGAUGAAAAAGACAACCAACCAAGUGGCGAGGAAACUAGUGUCAAACUAAGACUGUCCACUGGUAAGGACUUAAAGUUGACUGUCUACACUCAGGACACAAUACUAAAAAUUAAAAAGAAGUUACAUAAAAUGGAAGGAGUGGAACCAGGUCAGCAAAGAUGGUUUUAUUCUGGAAGAAUGCUCACAGAUAAAAUGACAAUUGAAGAAGCUAAAAUUCAAAAGAACUUUGUUAUACAAGUGAUUCUACCCCAACCAACUCCAGUAGAUAACUAAAACAAAAUGUCAGAACAUSUGGUGCUGCUGACAACUAGUGCUUUGGAUAAGUUUCCAUAGAAAAUAUUCUUAGAUAUUGUAACCAAUCUCUUUCUUCCUUGGUCUUCAUAAUUAACAAAGUCCAUUUAAUAAUUAUCAUGGGUUUCUUAUCAUGUAUGAUAAAUUAAUCUUUGGGAUAUGAUGCAGAUUUGAAUGAAAAAAAUAAUAAUUUGACAUAUAGCAUACAAAAUUCUAUGGAUUUCAAGUAACAUAGCCUGUGUAUAUCCAUUCCCACCCCUCCCCCCUUUGGGUAAAAUUCACCUCCGAAUUUUCACUGUAGGGAGGGAGGGGUGGGAAUUGAUGUGCACAAGCUACAAGUAACAUUCUWUGUGCUGAAUUGCCAGAUUCAGACACCUGUGUUCUGCAUUUUAGCAAUUUUUUUGACAUUAUUUGUCUUGUUUUGUUUCAUUUUUUUWUGUAAAUGUUUCAGUAGACCAUUUCACAGAUUCAGUUUCCAUGUGCACAUCAUUCAAAGUAAAGCACCCUAUAAAAAUACUGACGGUCCUCUGAAAAGAGGGUAGUCCUAAAAUCAGCAAAUUUGCCAAAGACAGAUGUAUGAAAGUAAAUUUGUUAAAAAUUCAAGGUGCAGCUCUAAAAACCGAAAUUUUACUAAGAAAUGUGAUUCAAACAGAUUUUAAACUGUGCUCACAAUUAUCUUUUGUAAAAUUACUCCAUAGUGCUUUGUAGAGCUGAACUUGGGCAAAUUUGCUAAUUUUAGAGUACAUUUUGCUCAAUAAUAAUAUGAUAUAGUGUUUCACUAGAAAAACCUUCAUUUUGGAUGCUGGCAACAACAGUGAAAUAGUCUAUAUUUUUGAUGAUAAAAUGUGAAUCUUUUAUGUCAUUCUAAGAGUUUUAGAAGUGAAAUGAUAUGAGUUUCUCAAUAAUUCAAUGAAAAAAAUGUUCAAAUACUGAACAAAAGAAAUAAUUUAA